AUGAUGCCGGCACCGUCCAGUGAGGGACAGCCGACUCAGAGGCCGUUGUCUGCAACCGAGGCUGGCGCCUGCCUUAGAAAAGUGUUGUUUGGAAACAAAGACCAGUUGGUUCACAAGAGGGUGUCGGCUCACAGCAUGAAAGCAACCACGCUUUCUUAUGCAGCAAAGUUUGGAGUUGAUGCUGAGACAAGACUUCAGUUGGCGUAUCAUGUUGGUGGCUUCAAGAUGCUCCACACUUACAGCCGUGAUGCAGCUGCCCAACCACUGUUAGAACUCGAGAAAGUUCUUUUUGCCAUUCGGGAAGGACGUUUUAGACUUGACUCCAGUUGGGAACCACCAUCAACGAAGGCACUGGACCUGUCACCUGAAGACUUCAUCAACGAACUUGACUCUUACGCCCAGUGCAACAGGUGCUUCAAGCGAUACUCAUACCCAAAGGAGUGGCACGCCGAGGUCAUCCAGACCCAGGGCGCCCUCUCAGAAGGGUCAUUGUCUAGCCUGAGCUCGGGCUCAGACACACUGGACUCAGUGGACACUGAGCCAGAUAUGGAAAAGACCAAUGACAUACCAGCGGACCUUGCGGAGGAUGUGGAGAAACUCCACCAAUCAGUCCGGACCUUACUCACUCAUAAGAGUAUCCCAUGGCAGGUCAUGGCAAAGCUAGCCCAAGAUGGGUACGUCACAAUGGAAGACCUGGCAGACCGCUGGGACACAGCAGAGACCGCAGCAGAGCUGGAUUUUGCCGGCAAUGCUCAUAUCACUGAGGUUGUUCAGAGCCGCAGGUGCCUGGGAGCUACAACUGCAGAUGUACCCAGUGUCAUUUCCCAAGCGUCUCCAUUGAAGGUAGACGAGUUGAAGAUGUUGCAUACAAAACUUUUGACUGGGGAAACAUGGGACAGAAUCUUUUCAGGUGCAAUCUUGUUUGCAGUGUACUCCAGGGCCCGUUGGUCAGAUCUGAUGCACUGCACUGAAGUGCUGCUGGACCGAGACGACCACAAUGUCCUGAGGUUCAUGGAGGGGCACACGGCCUCACAUAAGACAAUGAGAGCAGAAAUGCUUAAACACAGAUUUUUGCCGUUGACGGCGCCCGCAUUUGGAGUGAGCAGCGACUGUUGGCCUGAACAUUGGAUGGCAAGCAGACACAGUGCUGGUGUUAUGCUGCCCCCUUUCCAUACCAUCAUGCCAGCUCCUGACAGCGACGGAUGCCCUACACAGAGGCCACUGACAUCCAAUGAAGCUAGUCAGUGGCUGCGCAAACUGUUGACGGGUGACAAGAGGGUUGACGGGAGUCGCAAGAUUUCUGUGCACAGCUGCAAAGUGACGUGCCUGAGUUUCUGCGCCAAGUAUGGUGUUGACCCAAUGGCAAGGUUGCAGCUUGGCUACCAUGCUGGAGGCGGAACUGGAUUGAAGAUGGUGCACACCUACUCCAGGGAUGCCUCUUCAGAGCCGCUGGCAAAACUUGUCAAGGAAGAGUUUCAGGAGGAGCAGAAAAAGCUUAAGCUUUACUAUCCACCAGAACCACCUGAGGGAUAUGUCUUCUGGCAGCAUUCCCGAUUGAAGACGCUGCACCUAGCGCCACCUGACUACAAACACUUUGAUGAGUCUGGGGCUUUGCUGGAAGGGUUGAAGAAUCAAGGGGUGAGAUGUUUUUCAGCUUUGGCAGUCACCAUUGGGACGCCUCAAGCUGCACCAUCAGACAGACAAUACGAUGAGUUAGCAGCGAAGAUUUUUGGAGCUGACCCCACUUUGGGACAAGUGUCAAGUUUGAGACGUUUGCACUUUGAGGCAACAACCUUGAUUGUGGCUUCGCUGAAUGAACAGGUCAAAUCAGAUUCGGCAGAUCCAGGUACUUUGGUCAAAAAGUUGCCGGCGGCUGAAAAGCAGGCACGGUUGGAGAAGCAGCAAGCGCGGCUCUCAGGUUUGAAAUUGAUUGGAGAACUAGCUCCAAGUCAUCAGCUGCUGGAUCUGGUGAACUCAAUAUUGGAAAGUGGAGCAAUCGUUUGGGUAGCUCCAUCCCGAUGGUCGAAAAGAGAUGAUGAGAUCCAUGCAAAUAUCAAGCCCAGCUCGGCAACGGUACAGGUCGAGAACUCAACCUUGAAGUUGGCGCAGGUACCAGUGACAACGACAGCAGACGUUGGCACGGAACUCAAGCUUGGCUGGGCGUAUCGACGCCGUGGAUUAGCUUCUGAUAACUGUAGGCUUUUGGACUGGCAUAUACAUGAGGCUUGGGUACAGUAUUUGUUGAGCGCUAUGGCACGUGAUUACCCGGCAGGUUACAGUUCAGUCAGAAGUGAACAGGUGAUCAAAGCAGACCGUGAGCUGUGGACAAUCUUGGCGCAGGAGUACAAGGAAUCAUUGAAACCAACAAAUGAUGUGCCCGCCCUGAACCAGGCCUUCAAAGCACUGACAACGGAUCCCAGGGUGACAAUGUACUUGCUGUUAGUGCCCUCCUCAGUGCCAAAAGUUUCAAAUGCAACAACAGCAGGGCCUCCAAAGGCUCCACCGGCUGUGAAGCCACAGCAAGGGCCAGGGAUCAACAAAAGACGGAAGUUGACAAGGGCACAGAAAGGUUGCCCACAGGAGCUGAAAGACUUUGACCUGAAGUUUAGUCAGGGCACAGUCAAUGGCCCAAUUUGCUGGGGCUACAAUUUGAAAGCUGGUUGCCCAAAUGAGACGUCAAGCCAAAAUGGAUUCAGCCGUUGCAAGCGUUUCCCGGAGUCAAUUUUGAAGAAGUUGCCCAAAGGGUCAAAAAUUGUUUCUCGACAGCUCUUACCUUGGGAAAAUUUCCGGGUCGAGAUGGCUGACAAAGUAGAGUUGGAAAGCUGGCUUGACAAAGGUGCCGAUGGUCCAGAGCAGGAUCAAAAAGCGGUGGUGGAACUAUGCAGGUAUGGGAUUCCUUCUGAACCUCAUGAGUUUGUGCAAAGAGCUCUGACGGCAGGGCAUCCAAAAGAUUUGAUGGGUCAGGAAAGGGUUGAUUUCAUUAAGAAAUACUCAGCCUUGGCGAUGGAGCUGAAAGCAGAAGAACUGAAGUUGCGGUAUCAGAUGCCCGACCACAUAAAGAAACUGAUGAAAGGGAAACGUUUGGCUUUGUGGGGAAGGAUGUUAACUGACUUGCAUUACCCCGACACAGAGCUUAUCAAUGACAUGGUGCAUGGUUUCCCAUUGAGCGGGUGGAUGCCUACAAGUGGAGUUUUUCCGCAUGGUGUCAGACAGCCUACGUUGACAGUGGAGGCACUUCUGGAUAGUUUGGAAUCGUUUAAUUUCAAAGUUAAGCAACAGAUGGACAUGAGACAAGAUGAGACCCUGGAAAGGGACACUUGGGAUGAGACGGUGAAGGAGCUGGACAAGGGCUGGAUCUGGUUGGACCCUUGCCAGGAUUGGGAUGGCAAAUGUGUAGCAAGGAGGUUCGGAAUAUAUCAGGGCGGAAAGACAAGAGUGAUAGACGAUUGUUCAGUUUGCGGCCUCAACCAGACAGUUGGCUUACAAGAACGUUUUGUCUUGCAGGCGGUGGAUCAGAUGUGUACAAUGCUGUGCUGGAGUCUGAAGCGUGCAAUGCCAGGACAACACCCUCCUAUCGUUGGAAGGACUUUUGACUUGAAGUCCGCAUACAAACAGUUUGGGUUGAGGACGGAAGACAGAGAUCUGAUCAGAAUUGCAACAGUUGAUCCCAGUGAGGGAAAGCCGAUUCUUUGUGGACUCAAUGCUCUUCCCUUCGGAGGGGUCGGAUCAGUAGCAGGGUUCCUCAGAGUUUCUCUGGCCACUUGGUUUGUAGGUGUAGCAGGUUUGAAAUUGUCCUGGACAGGGUACUUUGACGACUUCUCAACCCUCUCUAGACCCGAGUUGCAAAACAACACAGCCUGGGCGGUGGACAGCUUGUUUGGCCUCCUUGGUCUGGACUACGCCCGUGAGGGCGCUAAGGCACCGGACUUCUCUGCAGUCUUUAAGAUGCUGGGAGUGCAGGUUGAUACUUCUAGGGCUCAGCAGGGCGAAAUAGCAGUGGGUCACACAGCUGAAAGGAAGCUCGAGCUGGGCCAAGCUUUGGAAGAGACACUUUCAAACAAGAAGUUAUCUACCAAAAUGGCGGAGAGACUACGAGGGCGGAUGGUCUUCUACGAGUGUUUUGCAGCAGGUCGCACAACAAACUUGCUUUUGAAGAACUUUGGGAAUUUGUGCAGGUCUCAGAGGUUUGUCGAAGACCUCACUGAGGAUGAAUGUGACCUCAUCCUUGCUUUAAGGAAUAGAGUCGAGAAAGCGGAACCAAUUGUGAUUUCACCAAAGCUUCUUGAAACAUGGUUUGUAUUUACAGAUGGUGCUUGUGAGACAGGUGAUACUGGAGGAAAGCUUGGAGGAGUGGGUGGCGUUUUGGUUUCAGCAAAUGGGACCUACCUACAACACUUUGGAAUGCAGGUGCCAGAAGACUGGAUGCAGAUCCUACUUCAACACUCGUCGCAUCCAGUCCAUGAACUUGAAGUGUUGCCCGUCCUCAUCUCCUUUCAUGUUUGGUCCCACUUCUUGCGCGGAUCACAGGUACUUCACUACACUGACAACGAUUCUUGUCGCUUUGCUUUGAUGAAAGGGGUCGGAGAGACCUUUGUCGCCCGACGCCUUGUCGCCUCGAUCAUGGACCGUGAAUAUGCCCUUCAAACCAAGUCUUGGUACGGCCGUGUGCCGAGCCACAGCAAUCCUUCAGACGAUCCUAGCCGUGGAUCUUUCGAUGCCCUGGUUGCGAGAGGUAUUUUUCCGCCCAAAGACCGUGCUGAUACAGAACCCGACCCAUUGUCAGCUCACCUCUCCAACUGGCAGAGCGCAGAGGAGGAUCUACCCUUAACACGAGAACUUGUUCAGGAAGAAGUUGACAAGGGUUGGGUUUUUGCUUAUCCGGGUUCUUCGGAUGAAGCCCAACAGGAAUAUCCAGAAGGAGUCGCCAUUGGAAAAUUGGGAGAAGCUCGCUCGGAUGGACGAGCUCCCCGCUUAGUUGUGGAUUCCAGUGUCUGUGGGCUGAAUGGUCGUUGCAUCAUUCCUGAAAGAUCCACAUUACCGACUGCCAAAGAAGUGUUACGUAUUGAAUUGGAUGUGAGCCAUAUUCCUGGCGCUGACAACAUCAUAGCGGAUGAUCUGAGCGGAUCCUGUAUCAUUGUUCUGGUGUUUCAGCAGAGGAAAAGGCUGCAAUUCUCCAAGACUGGUUGGCGGCCAGAUCUCGCCUCUGGAGUUCGGGUCAUCGAACGUUCGACAGAAGGCCUUCACUCGAUCGUGAAGAGGACGCUUGCUCGGGCACCAGCAGCUUCGUUGAGCUACCUUAGCCUCGAUCUGAGAUUCUCCCAGCUUGUCCACACGGCCAUAGUGGAACCGAGACUCUUUCAGCAUGCCAUCGAGAAUCCAUACAAAUCAUUGUCAUCUUUGAGUGGCUUCCGGACUGCCGUUGUUACAAUCCUUGGUCUCCGCCAAGCAAACCUUCACAUCUGCAACCUCAAGGAGAGGCAGCUGGCGGAUCUACUCUACAGGGAUGAUCUCAGCUUCAAGCACAGUACAGCUGGGCAAAUUCGAACGGCCGUUGACAAUCUCCUCCAGAAGAAUGCAGCGGCGGCCGAUUCUGGGGAGAGCGGCAAGAGGGCUGAGGUGGCAUUGGCUGCAACCGAGUGGAGGUUGCCACCACUUCCAUGUUUUCCAGGAGAACUUGCAGAUUCACUGGAGUCGGAGUACAUAGAAGAUUCCUUUGCAAAAGUGGGGCUUCGUGCAGUGAAAGCCUCAGAUCAGCGUUUAUGGGAAGAACGCCUAAGCUGGGAGAGGAAAUGUGCUUGCAAGAAGUGGUGCAGCUUGAUUUUAAUGAAGAUGAGUGCAUGGACAAUUGGAAGGAGCGUUGCAUCCGGAGACAGCAUGAGGCUGGCUGGUGGAGGGCUCAUGGAGUCCGUGGUGGACUCUCUGGCUGGAAAAGCCACUUCAACCCUUCAUGCAAGGGCUGGGCCGUUGCUGAAAUUUUCGAAAUACUGGAAAGACAAAGGCAUUGAUUUCUUUCCGGUACAGGAAUGGAUGGUGUAUGACUACAUCAAGUCACAGACUUCUUGGGCGCCGACAGCUCCGAGGUCGUUGCUGGUGUCUUUAUCUUUUGCAUUUCAUAUCUUUGGGCUGGCUGGUGGAGACAUGGCUGCAAAGUCUGGCCGAAUCAAAGGGGUUAGCGACUCCUUUUAUGCUGACAGACGCAAGAUUGUGCAGAGGCCUCCUUUGACAGUUGCCCAGAUCAUUGCAUUGGAGGCGACGGUCCAUGACACUGCAAGAACCAGCUACGACAGGAUUGCAGCAGGUUUCUUCCUGGUUUUGAUUUUUGGCCGAUUGAGGUACAGCGACGGACUACAAUUGGUUGACUUGCAAUUGGACUCCAGGGUUGUCGAUGGUAAGCUGACUGGCUUCCUGGAGGCGCAAGCCGAAAGGACAAAGACGUCGGUGACACUGGAGAGAAAAGUUAGAUUCCUGCCGGUGGCAAUCCCCUUGGAGUCGUUCAGUGAGCCGAGCUGGGUGCCAGUUUGGCUGGAGCUUCGAGAAGCUGCUGGGCUUCAGGGCAGAAGUGCCCAUCCAAUGUUGCCCUCACCACAGUUGGGGGGAGGGUGGGCACCAAUGCCCCUUCAAGUGGGUGCGGCAGGUGACUGGCUUCGGUCGCUCCUAAAAAUUGAAAGUGUGGCACGUGACAGAGUGGCCACUCACUCGUGCAAGGCGACACUUUUGGCCAUGGCAGCCAAGUAUGGCGUUGACUAUGACAGCAGAAGGUUCCUUGGGUACCACAGCGAAGGAAAGGAUCGCUCUUUGCUGACCUACUCCCGAGACGCCAUGAGUGCCCCGCUGAGGAAGUUGAUUUCAAUGAUCACAGCGAUCAAAAACAAGCAGUUUUUCCCUGACUCUAGCAGGUCUGGUUACUUUGUCCCGGACUCAGAACUUCCACCUGACGCAAAUGCAGACGUUUCUGACGGUGAGUCAGACGGGAGCUCCAGCCGUGGAUCUGACAGUGAAGAGGAGCGCAACCACGACGAAGAAGAGUCAGUGGUAGCAGAGAUGGUGGGGAAAUGGGCUCCGAAAGGGGCCGACCUCCCAGACGCUAAGCAAGCGUUGGAAGCUUACGCUGCCAUGUCAUAUGGUGAUAGUGCAGCGGUGUUUGAGCAGAGAGCGCUGCACAUGGGUCUCAGUGCUGAUGUUUUCACACAGCUGGUUGACAAGGGUUACAAAAACAUGGCCAUGUUUGCAUUUUCAUGCAACUACUCGCCUGGAGCUUCAACUGAUAAGCCGUUCCUGGAGAUGAUAUCGGCGACAUUGGGCCGGGACCCUAACCCAGCAGAACUUUCAAUUCUGCGCAGGCUUUUUAACGAGAGCUAUGCAAACGUUGCAGCAGACAUAGAGGCGCAGGUGAAACAGACUGAUGAAAGUGUUUCGAGACGCCUUGCACCUGCAGAGAGAGCUGAUAGAUUGAGAAACCAGCAACAGAAACUGAAGGGUUUGGCCAUCAGGGGCCAGUAUGAACCGGCCGAUGCCUUAGUCGAUCGAUGCUGUGCUGCUUAUGAAGCUGACAGGUUAACAUAUGUUGAGUGGAGCUUGUGCAUUAGCCGUGAGUAUGAACUUGCCAACAAUGUCAAGAAGGACACAGACCUGUCUUUCAACAGUGACGGAACGCUGAAGCUGGCCAGGACCUCAAAGAUUGAGCCCAUGCAAAGUAUGAGUGAGAUUCAGGUAAGAUAUGCGUUGGUCAGACGUGGAUUGGCCAUGGACCACGCCAACAUUUUGGAGUUUGAAAAGCAUGACACGCUGGUUGAACUGUUGUUGGAUGUUCGUAUGCAAGAGCCUCCAAGUGGAUACCAACGCGUGGCAAUGAAACAGUUGGAAGCUGCAGACAAAAAGUUCUUUGUUUUGUUGGGCGAAGAAACCAGAUCAGGAAUUAAAUCAACGCAGAAUGGACGCCCUUGUGACAACGCUUUUGACAAGGUUUUCAACUGUGCUGAGUUUAGGCACCUACUGCAACCUCGCAUGGCUCCAUCAGGCCAGGCGGGGAAGGAGGCCGCUGGCCCUAGUGCUGACCCGCCAAGCAAGCGGGCAAAGACAGGUGCAAAAGGGAAAGGUCAGGGCAAAGCGGCACAGGCACCUUUCCAGAGAAUCCCAACCGAGCUCUUGAAAUUGGGAUCAGUAGGUCCUACCAGUGCUGGAAGUGGCCGCAAACGUCGGCCAGAGCUUGAGCUAGGACAAGCUUGUCCGGAGCCUGGUGGAAAAGAUUCCGCCUUGUCUAAGACAGUUUCAACUGAGAUGGACGCUUCCAAGAAGCAUGCAAACAAUUCGAAUGCAACUACGUUGAGCCCUUCAGGUUACAAGAUGAGUUUUGCUUUGGCACAUGGUCACUUUGUGAAGCUGCAUGCAUGUGCCUAUGGGGGUGAGCGCAAAAAGAACACUGCCUUUCUUUGUAGCUCAUCCCAUUUAUGCGCCUUGGAGAAGUUCUGCGAUGGAUCUCAUCCCCAUAAAGGCUGGGGUUAUGACUUUGAGAAAGGGGAAUUCAAUACUGCCAAAGAAGCUGAAUAUCCUCGGGCCCUUUGCGAGCAGUACGCAGUGAUCCUUGAGCGCAUGGUUUUUGGUACAAAUGAACGUCGGCAAACCGACGCAGCCCUGGACAAGUUUAGGCCAAACCAACAGGUGAAAGGACGAGGAGUUCCCCAAAUCAUUUCUGAAUUUGCUGCAGUGCGCAGCCUGGUGUCCAGCGCUUCACCGCCGCUGACGGAUAAGAAACUUUUAGCACGACCAUGGUUGGGAGUCCCAACUGGUGCAAAACUACUGAGAACUGAAGCAAAAGGGGGCGAGAUGUUUGGCUUCAACUUGUUGUGGCCUUUGUUUGUUGGGAGUAGUGAGCUUGCGAACGAAAAGGAAUUUGCAGAGCAGCAAAUUGAGGAAGAAUAUUCACUCGCUGCAAGUUUGGUCAGACCAGAUGACGUUGAAAACCAGACUGGACGCUUCAUGGUGCCCACAGCCAAGGAAAGCUGGUACCAGAGUCGAAAAUUUCAACUUCCUUUAUUGAUGCUGUUGCUGGCAAGGACUAUGCUUUCAGGCAAAAGGGAGUUGAAGCAAGCUCCACCACUUACUGCUGAUGCGUUGUACGCUUUGGAGAAACAUGUCUGUGAGUGCAACGAUGUGGAGGCAUGCAUUGGAGGAUUCAUGAUUUUUUGUUUGCUGGCAUCUGCAAGAUUUGCUGACGCAGCUCGUGCGGAGACCGUGCAUUUGGACAUGAGUGGUCACAUAUCACUGCUGGAGACGUCAAGCAUGAAAUUCAAGACAGCGCAUACGGCUGGCAAGGAAGCUAGGAAUGUUGCCCUUCCUAUGCUGGCCCUGGGCAAUGGGCUUUACGAAAAGGACUCUUGGGCAUGGACAUGGAUUCGUGCCCGGAAGCGACAAAAGAUGGAUCAUUUCAAAUUUUUGAUGCCGGCCUGGAAUGAAGAAACAUCACAAUGGUUGAAUCGUCCAAUGACAUCUGGUGAAGGUGUAUACUUUCUACGUGAGCUGCUGUGCAACUCUGGUAUGAGUGAGGCUCAGGCGGCUUCAUACAGCACACACACCUUGAAGGCUACUGCACUGUCUUGGGCGGCAACAUCUGGAGCCAUGUCAAUUGAUGAGAGGCGUAUCAUGGGGCACCAUUUUGACUCCAGGUUAGCAAUGCCAUUGAUAUACUCGAGAGAUGCGCUUGCCGAGAUUCAAACCAAGUUGUGGCGCAUUCUGGACUCCAUUCGAAAGGGUUACUUUGACCCUGAUGCAACUCGGGCUGCUCGGAUUGCUGCACAGACUUUGCAAGAUGCAGAACAUGUCGAUAUUGAGAACUAUUCUGACGAGUCAGUUGACCCCAUUGAGCUGGGUGCAAGCGAAACUCUGCCAGUUGCCCCAGCUGAAAUGAUUCCACUUCGUAGGAUUGACAAACAGAAAAAGGAAUUGAAAGGCCUGAUCAUCGACGCGUCAGUCGAACCAAGUCAUGGAUUGGUUGACAAGUUUCAAAACAUGAUCGAGGAUGGUUGCUUGCUUUAUGUAGGACCUGAGAAGUGCAUGUCACGAGAAGAAGAAAUUACCAAGGAAAAGAAAGAGUCAGCGCUGAGCAUUGACCAUGCUGGAGGUCUCAAAGUCACCAAGAAGGCUCAGGACUUGCAAUGUGAUGUUUCGGGCGAGCUUAGACUACGUGCGGCAUUUACACGCCGAUCUUUGGCCAUGCAUCAGACCAAUUUGGUGACCUUUGAUUUGAUUGAAGAGUGGAAUCAACAGAUGUUUGCUGCGUUGUUGCGGCCGCCUCCAGCUGGACACAAGUAUGUCACGACACAGCAGAUCUUGAGUGCUGACAAGCAACUGUGGAUGCACAUCUCACAGCAAACCCGUGGCAAGUUGAUUUCUGGCAUAGGUGAGAAACCACCUUUGGAUGAGCAAUUGAAAAAUUACAUGAGGUCUCCUGAAGUUCUUUGCUUCAUGACUCCAUUGCCAUCAGUGCGCGCUGAAGCGCCUUCAGGACAUCGUUCCGAGCCAUACAGUCGAGCGGAACAGAGCAGUGGAUCCGGCAAAGGCAAAGGGAAGAACAAAUUUCAGUCGAAAGGUGCUGCGUCAGGUCCCAGCUCUGGGCCCACUAUCAAAGAGAUGCUCACCAACAUGCCAGACGGCUGCGCCAGCAAGCUGCCGAACGGUCAAUGGCUGUGUGUUUUCUACAACAGCAUGAUCGAACAGAUGAAGCCGGUAGGAAACCGUGCCAAGUCAACCAAGUUGCUGGUGUCGACCCGACAGUUUGAGUCAGCUGAAAGCUACAAGGUUGGCAUUUAUUUCAACCAUCAUGAUCACCUCAAGCGUUCUUUAGAAUUGCAGCACCCUGCAUUUACGCACAAGGGUGUACCAGAUGAUUUGAAGAAAGCUAUUUUCUUUGUGGCAACACACUCGAUGGCAGAUGUUGCCCUGUUCCGCAUCAGCAAGCUGGGAGAAUGUGUUGAAAUUGCAAAGCGACUGGCUCUUGCGGAGAAACUGGCGAAAGUCAAAAUGGACAAGAACGUGGCGGAGGUGACCAAGGCAAAACGCAUUGAACUUUGGGAAAAACUGCUGACCCAGGUUGGGUUCGAAGACAUGGAGGUUGUGCGCUAUAUGCGCGAAGGAGUUCCCCUGACUGGCUGGGAAGACGAAAGCGCUUUGUACAAACAACGAUGGGCUCCACCUACAAUGACAACCGAACAGUUGGACCACAGUGCUUUGUGGCGACGAAAAGCCCUUAUGGGCAAAGCCUUUACUGACGAAGAACGUGGGCUUGCAAAACUGCUUAUGGAAGAAACUAUGAAAGAGGUAUCUGCUGGUUUUCUGGAUGGUCCCUUUUUGGAGUCUGAUAUAACAGAAAGGCUUGGGCGUGCGGACUGGUCAAUGUCCCAACGGUUCCUUCUUUUGCAAGGUGAAGACCUUAAACCUAGAGUGAUUGACAACUACAAAACGCCGGGAGUGAAUGCGGCCUUUGGAACAUCGUCGCACCUUGACCUGCACGACACCGACGUAAUCAGUUGCUUUCUUGCGUUUGCUUUGGGUGUUUUCUGCGGAGAUCCACAUAUCGACAUCGAACUUUCUUCAGGUGACCACCUCACUGGUCGAAGGCACCCUGACUACGACCGAAAGCCUUUGCUGCUGGGCAGGGGCAUCGACUUGAGCAAGGCGUACAAGCAGGUCAGUGUUGCUCCUCAGUCUGCUAGACAUAGCGUUUUGGGAGUGCGAAGUGAAUCUGGCGAAUGGAAGUUCUUUAUAUCGAAGUCACUGCCUUUUGGAGCCACGUCCAGCGUUUUUGCAUUCAACAAGAUCACGCGCGGUGUUGGGAGUAGCAUUCCACUUGCAGAACUUUUGGAACAAACAAGUGACAGUGGCGAACCGCCCAAGUCGGAUACAGAGGAUUUUGGAGAUGCUUGA